AUGUUAUAUAAGUAUUUUUUCCUUUUAAUUUAUAUAAUAUGUUUACAAAGUUAUUUUUGUUUAUAUAAAAAAAGAAAACCUUUUUAUCUUCAAAUAAAUAUUAAGAAAAAUUAUAAAAAUAUAAAUACUUGUAAUGAACCAAUAAAGCGAUAUUUUUAUUUGUUAAUUAAGUUUCCUACAUCUUCUAUUAGGGGUUAUAAAAACUUUAAAUUGUUAUAUAUAAAUAAAAUUACAAUUGCUAUUGAUAAAAUAAAAGAAAAAGAAAGAAAAAUAUAUUUGGAUAAACAAUAUAAAGAGGACAAAAUAUUCAAACCGGGAGAAAAUAUUUUAUUAAAUAGUAAGAAAAAUGUUACCAAUACACAUAAUACAGGAAGCGAAAAUAAUUUUAAAGAAGAAAAAAAUAUUCAAAAAAAAAAAAUUGAAAAUAAAAAAUAUAAAGAGUUACAUAAUUUAGAAGUUAAUUUGAAGAAGUGGAAAAAUCAAAAUGAAAAAAAUACGAUAAAAAAAAAAAGAAUAAAGAAAUCAAAAGAUUUGAUCGAUGAAGAUAAUAUAAAUAAUAGGAAAGAUGUAUUUAGUAAUAAUAAGAAUGACAAAAAUGAAGGAAAUAAAAAAAUGAAAAAUGAAAAUGAAGACAAAAAAGAAAAGAAAAAAGAUGAAAAGAAAAAAGAUGAAAAGAAAAAAGAUGAAAAGAAAAAUAGAAAGGAAAAUGAAGAUGAAGAUGAAGGUGAAAAUGAAAAUGAAAAUGAAGGUGAAAAUAAAAAAAAAAAGAAAAAACAAGAAGAAAUGAAUAAAGAAGAUGAUAAUAAUUCAAAUAGAAAUUUUACUUUCGAAAAAAGUAGUGUUGAUAAUAUUGCAGAUGAUGGAUAUUUCUCUAAUUCUAAAUCUUCUAUUGAUUUUUUUAUAAAUCAGCAUAAAGAUAUAUUAUUAAAAAGUAAAAGUAAUAUAAUGAAAAUGAGUUGUACAAAUGUAAAUAAAAAUGUAAAGAGUGAAGCAAGCAUUGAUGAUAUAUUAUAUGGAGGAUUUUUGAAUAUAUAUAAACCGGUAGAUUUAUAUUCUAUGAAAGUAUGCGAAAAAGUUAAAUAUGUUUUGAAAAAUUAUUUUUUUAGUUUAAAUAAAAAAAAUAUAGAUUUGAAAGUUGGACAUGGUGGAACAUUAGAUCCUUUUGCUGAAGGAGUUUUAAUUAUUGGUAUUCAAAAGGCAACAAAAAAACUAUCUGAUUUUUUAAAAUGCUAUAAAAAAUAUUUAGCAUUAUCAAUUUUUGGUUUUGAAACAGAUACAUUAGAUAGAGAAGGAAAAAUAAUUAAGGAAAAGAAAAUUCGUGUAUAUAAAAAAGAUAUUUUUGAAAAUAUAAAAAAUUUUAUUGGAUGGAAGGAUCAAAUACCUCCUAUAUACUCAGCUAAAAGAGUUAAAGGAUUAAGAUUAUAUGAAUAUGCAAGAAAAAAUAUACCUGUUCAUAUAAAAUCUAAUAAAGUUCAUAUAAAUAAUAUAAAAUAUUUAAAUGAAUUUGAUUUCCCAUUCUUUGAUUUUCAAAUACAUUGUUCUGGGGGUACUUAUAUAAGAAGUUUAAUAAGAGAUUUUGCAUAUUCUUUAAAUACUUAUGCCACUUUAAUUAAAUUAAUUAGAAUUGAACAGAAUCAAUAUAAAUCUAUAGAUUCAUUACAUUAUGAUAAUAUAAAUAUACAUAAUAUUAAAAAAUAUUUUAUCAAGUUAUAA